AUGGCGCCCCCGGCCGUGACAGUCCCGUCGCUUGAGACUGCGCGAGAGGUGAUCUCGAAGUCCAGAAAUACCCAAUUUGCUCCAAACUUGCUCCCCGUGACUGCAUCGAUUCCUGCAGAUCUCCUCACACCUACACUGGCGUACCUGAAGCUGUCUGAGAAUUCCAAACUAUCAUUCCUCUUUGAGAGUGCGGCGACAACAGAGACCAUUGGAAGAUACAGCUUUGUUGGUGCCGAUCCGAAGAAGGUCAUUAAAACCGGUGAAGGCCAUGGACCCGCUGCCGACCCCCUUCCCAUCCUCGAGAAGGAACUCGACCAGUUCCGCGUCGCAUCGGUGCCCGGGCUCGUCCUCCCUCCUCUGACCGGUGGAGCCAUUGGAUACGUCGGCUAUGACUGUGUCCGGUACUUCGAGCCCAAGACGGCGCGCCCCAUGAAGGAUGUCCUCGGCAUUCCGGAAUCCUUGUUUAUGUUCUUCGAUACCAUUGUCGCAUUUGAUCACUUCUUCCAGGUUGCCAAGGUCGUCUCAUAUAUGCCAAUUCCCGGGACGGAUGCCGAACUCGAGGUCGAAUACACCAAGGCCCAGAAAAGUCUCCAGAAGACCAUUGAUACUUUGCUGCAAGAGCACACUCCCCUCCCACCGCAAGGGCCCAUCAUCCCCAACCAGGAGUACACAUCCAAUAUCGGCCAAGCGGGCUACGAAGGACACGUGAAGCGACUGAAGGAGCACAUUUCCAGGGGGGACAUCUUCCAGACCGUCCCCUCACAACGGCUCUCCCGCCCUACCUCCCUCCACCCAUACAACCUCUUCCGCCACCUCCGCACCGUCAAUCCUUCCCCGUACCUUUUCUACAUUGACUGCGAAGACUUCCAGCUCGUCGGUGCUAGCCCUGAACUCCUUGUGAAGGAAGAGGCGGGCCGAAUCAUCACCCACCCAAUCGCCGGAACCGUAAAACGCGGUAAAACACCUGAGGAAGAUCUCGCGCUCUCCAAAGAGCUGCGCAGCAGCCUGAAAGACCGUGCCGAGCACGUCAUGCUGGUCGAUCUGGCCCGUAACGACGUAAACCGCGUCUGCGAUCCCACCACGACCCAAGUCGAUCGGCUGAUGGUCGUCGAGAAGUUCUCGCAUGUCCAGCACCUUGUGUCACAGGUUUCUGGAAUCCUCCGUCCCGACAAGACCCGUUUCGAUGCCUUCCGCUCUAUCUUCCCCGCUGGCACUGUUUCCGGUGCACCCAAGGUCCGUGCUAUGCAGCUGAUUGCCGAGCUGGAGGGUGAGAAGCGCGGUGUUUAUGCUGGUGCUGUUGGGUACUUUGGAUACAAUAUUAGUGCUGCGGAUGGAUCGAGCGAGAUCCCCGGCGCUAUGGAUACAUGCAUUGCGCUGCGCACGAUGUUGGUUAAGGAUGGUGUCGCUUAUCUGCAAGCUGGCGGUGGUAUCGUCUUUGAUUCUGAUCCAUAUGAUGAGUACAUGGAGACGAUUAACAAGCUCGGAGCUAAUAUCGCUUGUAUCCGCGGUGCGGAAGCGAAGUAUGCGGGCCUGGAGACGGAAUGA